UAAGGUAAAGCCUAGAGAGCAUUUCAUAACAAACAAAAUGGCGUCGCGAGUUGUGGGGACAGUGCGAGCAGUUGCUAAAAAACGACUUAUCCCUACUAAGGCUCCUUUAGUAUUGACGCCAGCUGCAGUAAAUCAAGUAAAGAGACUACUUAGAGAAAAUUGUGAUAUGAUUGGUCUAAAGAUCGGUGUGAAGACCAGGGGUUGUAAUGGUUUAACAUACACAAUGGAGUAUGCAAAAGAAAAGGGAAAGUUUGAUGAGGAAGUCAUACAAGAUGGUGUAAGGAUUCUCAUAGAUUCUAAAGCUCAGCUGACAUUACUUGGGACAGAAAUGGAUUAUCAAACAGAUAAAUUAUCUUCUGAGUUUAUAUUCAAUAAUCCAAACAUCAAAGGCACGUGUGGAUGUGGAGAGAGUUUUAAUGUAUGAAAUUUUAAAAAUAAUAAAUCUGUGAUUGUGCAUUAGAUAGAACAUGUGAGGUAUGAACGUCUUUCAUGGAUGUCUUUUAUCCAAAUGUCAUGUGUGAAAGUGCAAAGGGAAAUACAUUUAUUCAUGUGUGUUUCUUGUGCUAGUAAUGGACACCCAGUUUAAAACACAUUAUCAUACUUAUGUGAGAUGUGAAAAUGUUAUUGUGUAUUUUGUUUUUGUUAGAUGGGAAAUAUGAAUGCUUUUUGCAUUAUUUUCCAUUGUGCAUCAUCUAUGAGUCAAAAUGCUUUUUAUAGGUACUUGUUAUGAAAAUGGUUUACACAUGAUGUAAUACAUUGUGUUGUAGUUACAAAUGAAUAUUUUGAAGAAGUGUUACAAUUCUUUUAUUUAUAAAAUUAUCUCAAUAAAUUGUUCUUCAUAGA